AUGGCUGCCGUCGCUCCCAGCUGCUCGCUUUGUGCUUCCACUGUCCCGUCGACCAUCGCGGGAUCUCUACCCAGACUCCGCUCGAAUGCCCGCUUAAACACUCGACAACCGUCCACCAUUCUCCCCGCAAUUUCCAGCGUUUCCAGUUUCCGAUUGUCCGUCGCGCCCUCCACCCGUGGAAUUCCCGCACCAGCCUCUCAACACCGUCACAGCCGCCAAUCCACUCACUCGCGCGCCGCAGUUAUCUCCGCCGCAGCCGCGAGCGACACUCCCGAGGCCGCGUCGCCUGCUUCGUCGCCGUCGAACGCGCCAGUAGAACGAGUACUCGUCGUCGGCGCGUCCGGUGGCGUGGGUCAACUAUGCGUCGCGUCGCUCGUAGCUAAGAACCGCUCCGUGCGCGCGCUAGUUAGGAGCGUCGAGAAAGCCGAGUCGCUAUUCGCUGACGCGCCCGCGGAUUUGAUUCAGGUCGUGACCGCAGAUCUCCGCAAGCCCGGCACCAUCUCCCCCGCGCUCUUCGCCGGGAUUUCCGCGGCGAUCGUGUGCGUCGGAACGACGGCGUUCCCGUCCAAACGGUGGGACGGCGACAACGGACCGGAGCAAACAGAUUAUGUCGGGGUGAAGAACCUCCUAGCGGCGCUCCCUCGCGACUCUCCUGCAUCGUCUUUGUCUCAUCAGCCGGCAUCGAGCGUUACAACCAGCUGCCCUACUCCAUUUAUUCAAUUCCUCCCAUUCCUACUCUUCCCUUCUCCCCAACCUCCCCAACCCCCUCCCCGUCCACCAGACUACAUCGGGGUGAAGAACCUCCUAGCGGCUCUUCCUAAAGACCUGUCCCGCAUCGUCUUCGUCUCAUCAGCGGGCGUGGAGCGCUACAACCAGCUGCCCUACUCCAUCCUCAACCUCUUCGGGGUGCUCAAGUACAAGAAAAUGGCCGAAGACCUCGUGAAAUCCUCGGGCAUUCCGUACACUAUCCUGCGCCCGGGCAGGCUGACAGACGGGCCCUACACCAGUUACGACCUGAACACACUACUCAAGGCAACAGCCGGGAUGAGAAAGGCGGUGGAGGUGAAGAGAGGGAGUGAUACUUUGUCAGGGGAGACAAGCCGAGUGGUGCUGGCGGAAGGGUGUGUGCAGGCUUUGGGAGUGAAGGCGGCUGAAAACGAGGUGUUUGAGAUGCUGUCUGUGGAAGGAGAGGGACCGGGGGGUGAUGAGAGUGCAUGGGAGAAGAUUUUUGCGUCUGCUCCUGCUGGCAAGCGCCUCAAAACUCAACGCAGAGUGGUGCUGGCAGAGGGGUGUGUGCAGGUGUUGGGAGUGCAGGCGGCUGAAAACGAGGUGUUUGAGAUGAAGUCUCUGGAAGGAGAGGGUCCGGGCGGGGAUGAGGGCGCAUGGGAGAAGUUUUUUGCAUCGGCUCCUGUUGACGCAGCCGAUGUGGGGUGGCUGAAAAUGAGGUGCUAG